AUGAUGCAUUCAAAUGAAAAAAGAAGAUCUGCCGCAUGUUUGCCGUCGUCUACACUCGGAUCUGAUGAGCAACGGCAUUCUCAGUAUGGCAACGCGCUCCCUCGUCUCACGCUCUUGCCGAAGAAGUCCCUCAUCCUAAAUGAGAGUAUCCACUUCGCCUCAUUGUCUUUUCUAUUGUGGUAUUCUGUAAAGUUCUCUCACGUCCUAUAUUGGCAGGGUAUUCUGACGGCCAAUUCAAGGAGAGAAAAACGGAUCUUACGCUCCGCUUUCAGCAACUCAGGACCUCAGCGUCUCUUGCCUGUUACUUAUCAGGAUUCCAUCUCUCCGCAAUCAACAGCUUUGCCAGCGAUUCAUGCCAAUAGCCAAUUGGGUCCGACGAAAGUACCUUCUUCUGUGGGGGAUGACCAUUCGAUCGAAAGAGACGCAUUACUCACAAUUGCUCGCGUUACUCACUAG